AUGCAGAAUCGAGGCAUCUUCGUCGAAAACAGAGAGGGCAAGGAUCCCUGGACUGACAAGGGAGUUCCGGGCGAUUGGAUAACAGAGCUGAAAAUUGGCGAUCUUGGAGCGACGCGGUCUCUGGAGGAGGAUGAGGUUUUGAUCAAAGUAAAGGCAGUUGGCAUCUGCGGAUCAGAUGUUCAUUACUGGACUCAAGGCCGAGGAGCCCGAUUCGCAGUUGACAACAAAAUGGUUCUCGGCCACGAAGGCGCUGGCGAAAUCAUCCAAGUCGGAUCCAAAGUCAGCAACGUUGUCAAAGGCGAUCGCGUCGCUUUCGAACCCGGCUACGCGACUGGCGACGAUGAAUUGACGAAAAACGGGCGCUACAAUUUGAGCAAGGUGUUUUUCUGCGCCACGCCGCCGGACGACGGUUGUCUCUGCCAGUACUUCGUGCACAAGGCGAGCUGCUGCUACAAGAUGCCGGAAGAGAUGAGCUACGAGCUGGGCGCGAUGAUUGAGCCGCUUUCUGUUGGAAUUCACGCUGCUAAGCGAGCAAGAGUUGAACCUGGCCAGGAUGUGCUUAUUACUGGAGCUGGGCCGAUUGGACUUGUGAGCGCGAUCGCAGCGAGCGCAAGAGGAGCCGGAAGAAUCGUCUUAACAGAUGUCAUCGAAAGUCGCCUAGAGCUCGCUCGAUCCCUUGGUUUUGAAACUGUUAAUGUCAUGUCAAAAUCACGUGACGACAUUUUGACCGAGCUUGGGCAAAAAUUCGACGCUGUGAUGGAAUGCACUGGUCGAACAGAAUGCAUGCAGCUUAGCUUCGGAUUCUAA